CUCCUCUUUCUUCAACAACUGAAAAGAAAGAAAUGGUUGAUUUUCAAAAUGGCAGAACAUAGUAUCAUGAAAAGAGAACAAACAACAACAACAAAAGCUGAAAAAGAAGAAGCUGCUGCCUCAAUACAUGGAGACAUCUUAGAGUCUGUACUCACUCACGUGCCUCUCAUCGAUCUCGUCCCCGCUUCUCAUGUCUCCAAGUCCUGGAAACGCGCCGUUUCAACUUCUCUUCGUCACUUCAACAAAAUCAAACCCUGGCUCCUCCUCCACUCUCAGGCCACCAGGUCUCCUUACUCCACAACCGCCUACGCUUUUGAUCCUCGCUCCUGCCUCUGGCUCCAGAUCCGCCGGCCACCCAUCAAACACAUCUCACCCCUUCGAUCUUCUCACUCCACGCUCCUCUACAUGUUAUCAUCCUCCAAAUUUUCCUUCUCAGUCGACCCCUUGCAUCUCACCUGGCACCAUGUUGACGCUCCAGUUGUGUGGAGAACGGACCCCAUCGUCGCCGUCGUUGGCCAUCGCGUAAUUGUCGCCGGCGGAGCUUGUGAUUUUGAAGAUGAUCCUCUGGCCGUAGAAAUGUACGACCUAAAGACUCGCACGUGGGACACGUGCGAGUCUUUACCCGCGCAUUUCAAGGAUUCUGCAGCCUCUAUGUGGCUCUCUGUUGCUGUGAGAAGUAACAAGAUGUACGUUGUAGAAAAAAGUACUGGAGUAACUUACUGGUUCAAUCCAGAAACCAAGUCAUGGUACGGACCUUACAGUCUACGUCCUCAAAGAAAUGUAUACAGCUCCGCCAUCGGAUUCGCCGACGACCGGCUGAUUUUGAUCUGUCUAAUAGGAGACGAUCAUGGAGAAGAAGUUACUAGCGUGAAACUGUGGGAGCUAAACGACGCGUCGUUCAAGUUCUGCAAAGAGAUUGGUGAAAUGCCAGAGCAGCUAAUAGAAAAGCUUAGAGGCGACACUUUUAGCAUCUCAUCAGCGAUUAUCAAUGUGAUGGGCGAUUUUGUGUAUAUAAGCAAUACUUCGGCGCCUGAAGAGGUGAUCUUCUGCGAGUUUGGCAGUGGCCCGUGUAGAUGGAGCAGUGUUCGGAACGCGGUGGUAAAUGAUCAUCGUCGAUUGACGGAAAGGUUGGUGUUCACCUGCGCUAACGUGGGCAUGAGCGCUUUGCAGAGGGCGAUUAAUGCCGAGGAUACGCAAUUCGCGGUACUGGGAAGAGCGAGAGAGCUUUCGUGAUUGGCUGAAGAACGGGACCAAAUUAAAAAAUAAUAAUAAUAAUAAUAAAGAAAGAGGGCGAAUCGCUGUGUGAGGUCCAGCGCGUAUGCAGAAUGAAAGAUUGUGAUUCUUAGCAAUGGAUUGUUAUUUUAUCAGAUAUUAAAAAGUAUAUAUAUAUCUUUUCUUC